AUGCAACUUCGGCCUGUUGGCUCCCUGGGAACACAUCUUUUUAAUCUACUGUUAUUCUCUUCGUGUAUGGCCGCGCGGCGGGACGCGAGGUGCGAGAGCGCGAUGCUGCGAGUGUUGGCGCUCGCACUGGCUACGGCCGCCAGCGUGACGGUUCCGUGCUCCGGCGCCGUCACGAAUGAAACGCAAGCUCUGAGGAGCAUGGCGGCACAGUGGCAGGCAGGUGCGGCGCUGGCGUCGUGGCAGGUGUACGAUGUGUGUGCUGUGGCAGGAGGUGCCACCGGUAUCACAUGCCAGGACGGAUCCGUCACCGCCCUGUCACUGAGCAGGACAACCCUGUCAGGGCCGCUGCCAGGGGAGAUAGGCGUCCUCACAGCACUCACUCUCCUGUCACUGAGCAGGACAAACCUAUCGGGCCCUCUGCCUGGGGAGAUAGGCGACCUCACAGCACUCACUCUCCUGGACCUGAGCUACAACAGCCUCAAUAACGCCAUUCCUUACAGCAUCGGCAACCUUGCCAGAUUGCAAUCGCUGGUGCUGAAGAGCAACGCCUUCAAUGGAUCCCUGCCCGACGCCCUCUCCGGCCUCUCCAGCCUUCUUCAAUUAGAUGUGCAGCGCAAUGUCUUCAGUGGCUCCUUGCCUUUCUCACUCUUCUCCCUCACCACCCUCAGCAGCCUCUACAUGGACGGCAAUCAGCUGUCCGGCACCUUGCCCUCCCAAGUGGGCGCGCUCACCAACCUCUUCACACUUCAGGUGAGCAACAACAAGUUGAAUGGCUCCCCCCCGGCUACACUCAGCCUGCUCUCCUCCCUUCAUGAGCUGCAGAUGAACAAGAAUAGCUUCUCAGGGCCCUUCCCCUCGGUCGUCACCGCCCUCACCAACCUCACCAUGAUCUAUGCCAGCAACAACUCGUUCGUGGGGCCUUUUCCUGCGUUUCUUGGGGACAUGACUCAUCUCGCGUUCCUGAAGAUCUAUUCCAACAAGCUCCGAGGCACGCUGCCUCAGAGCUACAGCCAGCUGCGCAACCUCACCCACCUCGACCUGAGGGACAUGCAGCUGUACGGCGCGCUGCCCACGUGGCUGGGGCUGCUCACGCGCAUGCAGUACCUGCAUUUCCGCAACAACGAUCUGUCUGGGGCGGUGCCGGAGUCCAUGGGGAACCUCACCAACCUCAUUGAGAUCUCGCUCAUUGGCAACCCCAAGCUCAACGGCACACUGCCUGCGUGCUGGGCCAACAUCAUCUCCCUGGGUACCAUUGCGGCAUCGCGCCUUCAAUUCGCCUGCCCGUCGCCCAACAUGUGCUGCCCCACGGGCAGCCCCAUCCAGGACCUGCCCUUCUGUGUCAACUUCUGCCCCCAGUACUGCUCCGCCUGUGCUCCAGGCAUGUCGCCGGCAGUGAUAGCAGGGAUUGCAGUGGGGUGCUCCGUGGCGCUGCUGGCAGUGCUGGCUCUCGCACUCUACAUCUGGUACUACAGAUUCGGCCCAGGCCGCAUACAGGCAUGGGAGCGGGAGUUGGACCGGGGCUUUCGCAAGUACACGUGGAGGGAGAUCAUGGAUGCCACGGACAGCUUCAGCGAGGCCAGGAAGCUGGGCAAGGGGGGCUUUGGCACCGUGUACCUGGGGCAGGGCGAUGCACCGCACCAGCUCAUCGCCGUGAAGCAUGCCGCCUUUGUGGAGCGCUCCUCCAAGAUAGCCACCAUGUUCGAGGAGGAGGUGAAGGCGGUGUCGCGGCUGCACCACAAGAACCUGGUGCGGCUGCUGGGCUACUGCAACGACCACAUGGAGCAGGUGCUCGUGUACGAGUACGUGCCCAACGGUCCCCUCUCCGACCACCUCUACGGCACCAUCAAAGGGCAGCUGCUGUCGUUUGAGCAGCGGGUGGAGGCGGCAAUAGGCCUGGCGGAGGGGCUGGUGUAUCUGCACAACCACACGGAGCGCCCCACCGUGCACCGUGACAUCAAGCCCUCCAACGUGCUGCUCACCCACGACUACCAGGUGAAGAUAGCGGACUUUGGGUUGUUGAGGGAGGUGGGCAAGGAGGAGAUGGGCACGUUCACCAAGGUGGCGGGCACGCGGGGCUACAUGGACCCCGACUACAUGACGCUUGAGAUGCUCACCACUCGCAGCGAUGUCUACAGUUUUGGAGUGCUACUGCUGGAGCUGGUGACGGGCAGGGAGGCGAUGGAGAGGGAUCCAGACGACAAGGACCGGCUGGUGUACAUAACCACGGUGGUGCUGCCCUUGGUGGCCUCGCGCCACAUCCACCUCAUCGUUGACACGCGCAUCGCCACGCCGCUCAACCUGCCCGCACUGCUCUCCAUGGCUCAGAUCGCAGCGCACUGCGUGCAGCAGCCCGCUACCAGGCGCCCCGAGAUGGUGGAGGUGGUGAAGGCACUGCAUACCGUCAAGAAGACCUACCUCGCCAGCCUCUCCGCUCAUGCUGCUCCUGCCACUGCUCCUCCAGGCGUGGAUGGAUUGCAGGCACAUGGGCGGGCGGGUGGUCACGAGGUGCUGUGUGCGUGCAAUGUGAACCCCGCCAACGAGGUGGACGUGGCCACGUGGCGCAUGGCACACGCCAGCUCUGCCCUCGCAGCCGCGGCAGCGGCACUGAUGGAGGCGCGGGCUACAGUGGAGAUGGAGGGGCUGCGCAGUGACAGCGAGCGCACGGCAGAGGCGGUGCAGAGCAAGGCGCCCGUGGGGGAGCUGCCGGCAGUGCCACUGCUGGAGCAGCACCGCAAGGGGGGCCGGUCGCAGGAGGGCUCCAGUGAAGGCCGCCGCAUGGGUGACUCGGGCAGCUAUCUGCGUUCCAACUGCCUCUACGACCCACUACCAGCUGUCCUCUGGCACCCCUCCCUGCUCACCGAUGUUGACAUCUCAAACAACUUUUUCAGCAGCGUUGUGCCGCUGCCUCCACCUAAACGCCAGGCUGACUUCAGUGGUGCAGUUGAACCACGUGGGGGCCUCCCUCCUCGCCUCUCUUCCAGCCAAGGUGUCAGCACGAGCCAAUCAUUGCAUUGCUUCAGAUCGUCGCCACUCCCCUCCUUUUCCUCAUCAUGUGCAGCACAAGUCACUGCUGCCGUUCUCGCCGUUCUCCUCUGCUCCCUCGCCCCUCUCCUACUACGCCCCCUCAUGCCCUCCUCCGCCUCUUCCCCCGUGGCCCCAUCAUCCACGCAACCCACGCAUACACCCGUGCCGCUCGCCACCGCCCCUCCUGUAUGCAAGCCCCUGAAAAGCCCCUCUUCAUUCUCCCUGACUUUGACUACCCCAGAUUGCAUUUUCAGGGGCGCGGUCUUUAUGGCUCCACCGACCGCCCUGAAUCCGCCUUCUGCGGUGACGCGAGUUCCACUUGGUCCCGCCUACUGCCACCCCACUGCCGCUGUGUACUCCCGCAGCCUCCCCGCUGUUGACUCCGCUCGCACCCUGUCAUCACCACACUCAAGCUCGUGCUUUUCCGCCCUGCCGCCCGACUUGCUGUCGACCCUCAUUCCAGCGGCUUCUGCAGCCGGCAUCGGAAAGGGCAUCGCCUGUCCGCCACCUGCCUACGGCUGCUCUCGGCAACAUCGGGGACUCCACCCGCCCCGCUUGUGCGAACCCCUCUUCGCGCUGCAUGCGAGGCACUUACCCGAGCGGCCGCGUGCCAGAAGGGCUAUUGCCGACCGCCUCCGAAGCGAUUGCUUCGAGCUUUCUCCGUGCGCGCGCACCCGCCGUUACCCUUGGCGAUUCGGCAGCGAGCGCAGCCGUGUUGCUGUCCCAGCAGCGCAGUUCUCCGCAAUGACGGCGGGGACAGGCGGAGCGGGGGGAUCAGAGGUGGUGGAGAGCGGGGGAAGCGGGGACAGCAGAGAGUGGGAGAUGGGAGAGGGGAGAGUGCGAGGAGGACGCGUGAACAUCGUUCCGCGGCAAGAAGCGGUGGUGGAGAAGCGGGCGGGCACGGCUGCAGGGGGAGUGCGCGUGGGAGAGGUGGUGCGGGGGGGCGGCGUGGAGGAGGCAGGGCAGGCAGCGGCGUCACACAUGACCGUGCCCCCCACCCUAGGGGCAGCAGGCCCCUGGGCAGAGGCGCCCUCCAGUGUGGCCAGUCACAGGAGCGCCCAUGCGGAUGCGUGUGCGUCAAUGGAGGGCCACCUGUGCAAGGAGCCGUCGCUGCUCGUCUUCUCAGGAGGCACGGCGUUCAACGCGGUGGCGGAGGAGCUGCACGAGUGGACCACCGCUGUGGCGCACGUGCUGCCCGUCUCCGAUGAUGGCGGCAGCACCGCAGAGAUCGUGCGCGUCAUAGGUGGGCCUGCCAUCGGUGACAUCCGCUCGCGCUGCCUGCGCCUGUCUGACGGGUCGAGCCACGAGGCCAGAGCGGUGCGGCGACUGCUGGGUCACCGCCUGCCACUGCACCCCGCGCAAGCCAAGGCAGAAUGGGUGAGCAUAGUGGAGGGCGAGCAUGAGCUGUGGGGGGGCGUGUCGGAUCCAUACAAGGAAAUCAUCCGCGCCUUCCUCGUGCACUUCCACUACCAGAUUCUCCGCAAUGCAGGCCAUCGCUUCUGCUUCCAGCAUGGAAGUGUGGGCAACUUCUUCUUCUCAGGCGCGCGCUCCUUCUUCCGCUCGCUGGACGCCGCCAUCUUCCUCUUCUCCCGCGUCUCCAACAUCCCACAGCGCAGCCUCGUGCUGCCCUGUGUCUGCACCAACGACCGCUUCACUCUCGGCGCCGAGCUCUACGACGGCAGCAUCAUCCGCGGGCAGAACGACAUCUCACACCCCGCUGUCGUGGACAGCCCACGCCACCUGCCGCUCUCCGUUGACAAGUCUUCUGAUGCAUCGCCUCCUCUGCCCGCGCCCAUCCGCCGUGUGUUCUACAUGUCCAGUGAAGGCACCAACCUGCUGCAUGAGGUGUUCCCACGGGUGAAUCCGCGAGUGCUGGAGCAGAUCACAUCAGUGGAUGCCAUCAUCUACGGCAUUGGCUCUCUCUUCACCUCCAUCUGCCCCUCCCUGAUCUUGCGAGGGGUGGGAGAAGCAAUUGCCGCACGAGAAUGUCCCAAGGUGCUAGUGCUGAACGGGUCAGUGGACCGUGAGACAGCGGGCAUGGCGGCGUCAGACUUCGUGCUGGCCAUCUGCAACUGCCUCAACCGCACCUUCGGAGACGACUCCCGCCACCGCCUCACCCACUCGUCGAUGCACUAUGUGACGCACCUCAUCGCACCAGAGGGAGGAGCCAUUCCCCUUGACCAUGAACGCCUCACAUACUUGGGAGUCACCUCUGUGACUAUGGUUCCCUCGCUUCCAUGUGAAAGCAGUACUGGAGUGCACUAUGAUGUGCAUGCACUUGUCACAACAUUGAAGGACCUCCUUACUAAACAGAUGGCCAGCCAAGUAACCACCUGA